AUGAAGGUCACCAUCAAACAGUGGAACGCAGUCGCAACCUGGCGAUGGGACAUCUCCGAAGACGACGUCUGCGGUAUCUGCCAGGUCCAUUUUGACGGGACGUGCCCGACAUGCAAGUUUCCCGGCGAUAGCUGCAGUCUAUUGGCCGGAAAAUGCGGUCACAGCUUCCACAUGCAUUGCAUCAUGGAAUGGAUCAAGCAGGAAGCCGCCAGGGGACAGUGCCCCAUGUGUCGUCAGGCUUUCGAGUGGACCGAUCAGAAUAACGAGGAGGCUCCCCAGGCUGCGUAA